AUGGAGCAGCAGCCACCGCCCCAGAACAGAGAAAACGUUGCAAGCGGGUCCAGAGCCGGAGCCGGUUUUGCUGGCGACCUGGAAGGGGCGAUGAUGGGAGAGCUCCGCGACCUCCGAGUGGGCUUCAUUGGGGCCGGGCGCAUGGCCGGCGCUGUGGCCCAGGGGCUGCUGCUUGCAGACCUUCAGAGGAGGAAGAAGUUCCGUAAGGCCACUGCAGACGCGGCAAAAGUGCAGGAGCACAUGUGGAAAUCUGCCCUGAGUGGCCAGAGCAAAAGUGCGUGUGCAAGAGAAGUCCAAGCGGAGAACAUCUUUGCCAGUGCCCCGUCCAACAGGAAUCUGGAAAAGUUCCAGAACCACGGCUGCAAGACCACACACUGCAACCUUCAGGUGGUGAAGAACUGUACCUUCCUGUUUCUGGCUACCAAGCCGUAUAUCCUCCCUGCAGUCCUACAACAGAUGGCUCCUGCUGUUACCCCAAAGCAUGUCGUCAUUUCCAUGGCAGCUGGAGUCUCACUCCAGAGUCUGGAAGAGCUGCUUCCUGCUGGCACCAAGGUGUUGCGGGUCAUGCUCAACCUUCCCUGCGAGGUCCAGUCGGGCGCCAUCCUUCUGGCCCAGGGCUCCUGCGCUGGGGAACAGGACGUAGCCCUGCUGAAGAGGCUGCUGUCUCCGUGUGGGCUGGUCGAAGAGGCUCCGGAGUCCUACCUCGACAUCCACACCGGCCUAAGUGGCAGCGGCGUUGCCUACGUAUACACAUUUGCUGAAGCCCUGGCAGAAGGCGCCGUGAAGAUGGGGAUGCCAGGAGACAUGGCCUAUAAGAUGGCCGCUCAGACACUCUUGGGAGGAGCCAAAAUGAUCCUAGAAACGGGUGAGCACCCGGCCGUCCUGAGGAGUGCCGUCUGUACCCCAGGGGGCACGACCAUCCAUGCCUUGCAUGAGCUGGAGAAGGGGACUCUUCGGGCGACUGUUAUGAAUGCUGUGGAAGCAGCUACCACUCGGGCUCGUGAACUAGGCAAGAGAUAGAGAGCAGGCACUGCUGGUUGGGUGGGUGCAGGGGAGGAGUCCCCAUUCACCACCUUCUUCUUCUCCGUUCAGUUGUGUCCGACUCUCCAUCACUCUAUGGACCAAUGCACCCCGUGCCAUCCUAUCUUGCACAGCUUCCUUUAAUUCCACCGUGGUCAUUCCGGUGUCAUUUUUAAUAAUAGCCAGCCACCAAGCACAAGGCCGUCCCUGUCUCCUUCACCCCAUUCACCACCGCGAUGAGAGGGGGACCCUCCAGUAUUAUAAAUGGAACCAAGACCAAGGACCAUCAGUUUCCCUUGAAAGGAAACUGGGAAGAAUCCAGGGGCAGAUGAUCUAGCUGCCGCACAGCUACUCCCACAGACUUGUACAGUCCAUUCUAAGCGCCUUCCUUGGAGAGCUGGCCUAUAAUAAAGAGUUGCUGCUGCUUCCA